GGCAGCGCGAACCAACUGCACAGCACGAACUCCGUGUAUCCAUCUGAUUCAUCCCGUCUGCAGAUCACGAAGAUGAGUCUGUUCGCCGCCGUCUUUGCCGUCUGUGCCUCAUCGAUGGCAGCAGCUUUCAUCGGGCCUGUCGGCGUCCACCAAACAGCACAUUCUCUUUCUCCUUGUCAGCGCUUACGCAUCACUAACAAGGCGCCAGGGCGGCAACUUAUCCCAAUCAGGCAAGUGCCAUGUGCAAGCAUCGUAUCGUCCUUCAUUCGUCUGUGUGUCUUGUCUUGCCUUUCUGAUGCCAGGGCAUCAUCCUCAUCGCCGGGCGAUGGCGAGUACUCAUCGAGGGACUGGGACAGCAUCAGAGGCGGAGAUGACGGCACAGCAAGCUCACCAAGGCGGGGCAUCAUGUCGUCCGUCGGCGACACAGAUGUGAUCGUGACCAAGUCUAAAUCAGGUGCAGAUGUGUUCAUGCCGCCGAUGCCGUCAACCGUUGCCCCCACCGCCGUUAUCCACUUCAUCGGCGGCACACUGGUGGGGUCGGCACCGAGGGCAGCGUACGGUCCACUGCUUGAGGGCUUGUGUCGGCUGACGGGCGCCGUCAUCGUGGCCACCCCGCUGCCCCUGGCGACUUUUGACCACUUAAGGGCAUGUGUGGAGGCCAGCUUGCAGGUGUGUGGGGCGGCAGGGAGGGAGCGGGGCACUCGCAACGCCAAGCACAUGGCGUGUGAAGAACGCUGUGUGUGUGAUUGCAGUUUAGCGAGACUGUGCGUGAGGACUUGGGAAUGACGGAGUCCUCCGUGCCAAUCAUCGGCAUCGGACACUCACUAGGCAAGCCGCCCAAUCAGACCCCAGACCACCCAUCGAUGACACACUGGAGCAUGCUGUCUGUCUGCCUUUCUUUCCUCUCUCGCAACAGGGUCCAAGGUGCUGAUGCUGCUGGGCGCCUUGCCCGCCGACAGCAAGGAGCGCCUCAGCCUCAUCACGCCCUCCAGCAACAUCUUCCUGGCCUUCAAUAACUAUGGCGCGUCGCAGUCCAUCCCAUUUUACAGCCAGUUGCGGUCUGCAGGCCAGCAGCUGGGCGGCCUCGGACCGUACGGCGACGUCCUUGGCGAGCUUCUUGGUGGCGGUCUGCAGUCGCUCGAUGACUCUUACGGCGGCCGGCUGGGCCGUCUUGGGAGGUCCUUCCUGCGCGAGAUGGGUGUCGGCGGCCCGCAGGCCGACAACAUGAUCAGCAACCUGCCAUCGGCGCUCGCCAACCUGCCAGAGGAGUUUACGCCUGAUCCCGCUAGCACGUGGAGGAUACUGGAGUCGUCUUAUGGGGUGGAGAGGAACGCUGUGAUCAAGUUCACGCGGGACGGCAUCGAUGAGAGCGACAGGCUGGCGGGGCUGCUGGUGUCCAAGAUGGACCCGAAAGGAGGCAGCACCGACUUCAUCACGCUGCCAGGUAGAAACCAAUGGCACACAAGAAGGAUUGAUGCACACACAUUUCUGUCUGACUGUGUGUGUGUGUUUCUGUGUGACUUCAGGUACACAUACGACGCCCAAUGACUCGAGUGCUCAGCAGCAGACGGGCAGCCUUGCCGUCACGACGUCGGCGGCGACGGCCGGGCAAUACGGAGGCCCCCCAGCGUAUGACGGCGGUCCGUAUAAGGCGGGUGCGAGUGAGCCUGAGUUGGAAAAGCUGACGUGGGAGAUGGCCGGGAUACUGAGGAGGUUUAUCAAGAUGAACAAGGACAGGCGAGAGGUCAGCCAGGGGGGUGACUCAACUGAAGAGAACGAAGAGAAUGAAGGGUAGCCAGACAGGCAGGCAGGCAGGCACGCGAUGCGUGUCGAGUGAAUGGGGUCUCGGCGGCCUCUGUCUGUGUGAGGCGUGUGGAUAUUUGUCUGUGUGUUGGUGUGACGUGACGAAAGAGAUACGAUAGAUAGAUGAGAGUGUCCGGUAGGCAGGCGGUUUAUUCGUCGUGGCUGAGGGAGGGA